CCGGGUCUUGCCAAGUAUACUGUAGAAGAACAGAGUCUGGACUGCUCCUUCGGGAAGGGGAAUGUCUCUCUCUGUCCGACAGCACCUAUCUCUGCGAAGGCAGUGGAACUCCAAGCAGUUCAGAGGGAGAAGAUGAACUCCGGCGCGACAUACACCAAUGACAGGUCUCCAAGUUCAAAUGUAUUCAUGGAUACAAUUCCAGGCACAGAGAACACUUAUGAAAGUCUACAUGCUAAUGUCUACACUUGCUUGGAUCGAACAGCACCCAGUAACAGGUCAACAGAAGCUAAGAGCUCUGCUGGAAGAGAGUAUCUGUACAGGAAGAUAUCACUGGUCUUUGUCUCUCUGUGGCUCAUCACUCUGAUCACACUCAUUGUUGGAAUGGUCCUCCACUAUGACCAGAGAUCAGCAAUACAGAGGGAGAUGGAGGUUCUGAAGAAUAGCCCUUCUAAACUAAUUGGAGGAACACCUAAGGUGGCAUUCGCAGCUUCUCUGGCGAACCAUUCUGAGACAAAGACUAUUGGGCCAUAUUCUGAGGCUGUCACAGUGGUCUACACACAUGUCAUCACUAAUGUUGGAGGUGCUUACAACCAAUCUACAGGCAUCUUCACAGUCCCGAUAAGGGGUGUCUAUUAUUUCAGUUUCACUGCGUUUGGAUGGGAUCAACGCCUUCGCAUUAGCGUUUCUCUCUUUUUGAAUCAUGAAUUUUUCAUGAGUGCUUAUGAUAACAAUCCUGGACCUGGACGGGGAGCAACAAACACGAUCACACUGCAGCUGGAGAUAGGAGAUAUCAUCUACCUAAAGCUUUGGGCAGACAUGCAACUCCAUGACAAUGGAAAUUUGUACAAUACCUUCAAUGGCCACUUGCUUUUCCCUAUUUAAUUGAAAGGAAACAAUGUGAUAAUGUGAUAAAAUAAUGACGACCAGUUAAACAAGACCCUACACAUGAUUAAUGCCCAAGUGCCCACACUCUAGGCCAGUGGUCUCCAACCCUGGUCCUGGAGAGCUACAGGGUCUGCUGGUUUUCAUAGUGACUCUGCACUUCAUGAAUCAAUUAGAGCAGUUGAUUACACAGUUAACCCAACUCACCUGGUGUCUUGGGUCUCAAUUGGGUGCUGAUUUUAAGGUGAAAACAAAAACCAGCAGACUCUUUAGCUCUCCCGGACCAGGGUUUGGAGACCACUGCUCUAGGCACUGUGCUUUGUUCGAAAAACAUUUUCUGAACUACUCUUGUAAACAACCUAAUGCAUUUUAUAGUUCCGCACUUGAAGCUGUGCAGUUGUAAGCAAUUUUAAAUGUAAAGGCAAAAUAAAAUGUAAAGAAACAUCACAAGAUGUAAAUUAUAUAUGGCCACUGUCAGGUGCAACAAAAAUAACCACCAUAUAAGGGGGUAUCAGGAAGGACAAAAGUGCGGACAGCAAGACUGUUGCACAGAGAAGGAUAACAUCCAUAAACCGCACAGCCCUUAAGGGAGUCAAAAAAUAAAGCAAAAAGCAACUGAGGGGAGAGAAUAAUUAAAUCAGAUAGCACGGAGUGUAGCACAGUGGGUAAGGAACUGGGCUUGUAACCGAAAGGUCACAGGUUCGAUUCCUGGGUAAGGACACUGCCGUUGUACCCUUGAGCAAGGUACUUAACCGGAAUUGCUUCGGUAUAUAUCCAGCUGUAUAAAUGGAUACAAAGUAAAAGAUGUGUAAGUCGCUCUGGAUAAGAGCGUCUGCUAAAUGCCAGUAAUGUAAUGUAAUGUGACGAAUCAACUCGGCUAGAGACCGAUGCAGCUUGGAGAAAAAUGUCCUGAAAAGAUGAUACAAAAGGCUAUGAGUUCUCAGUGUAGAACUCUUAAGUGCAGAGGCGAGAGCAGCAAUGAGAGAGCGAGAGUAGUGAACAAGGGCUUGCACAACAGAGAGGCAGACUGAAUCCCAACUCCAGCCUUUGCUUCAAUGGCACCACAGAUAAGAAAUAAAGGGGUUCUCAUUUUUGUCCGCUUACUUUUAUUUUGAAGUUACAGUAUACACAGUAAAUAUGCUUGCCAAAAAUGAGGAUACAGGGCGAUUGGUGCAUGUAACCUGCAGACACUGCAAGACGCAUCUUAACUACCAGGCUGUGAUUGCAUGAUUACUCAAAUAAACUUUACUCAUAUUUCUAA